AUGUCAACUAGAAGACGCAAUGGCCAGUUGUCCUCGUGCGAGCCAUGCCGAAAAAUAAAGCUCCGCUGCGACCAUGUACUCCCGGUCUGUGGACGGUGCAGGCAAAAGGGCCAAAGUGAUAGAUGCAUAUACCACCCAGCACCUUUGACGCAACCCCGGCUGUUAGUAAAUGAUGGUUCGGGCUCACUAUUGUCCAAGAAGAGGAAACACCAGCCCUCACUCCUGACGAAAAAGGGCUCGACGAACUUCCUUGAACAGUAUCGAAUACCGACUGCUACUACUCCGUCAAAAAAUGAGGCUAGACGUACUUCAAGUGUAGAUGAACACAGGGCGAAGCGACCAAAGAGGCCUGUUUCCUUUUCGACUGGGUUCCUGGGCCCGUCUAGUUAUUGGUCAACGUUCGAAGAGCCUGAAGAAAGCAGCCGCAUUCUAGCUCCGAAACCUGCUUCGUCAUCAGAACAGACAGAUGCACAUGUGAACUCGGAAGAAGACAUGGAAUCAUCUACCGUGGAUCUAGAGCAGAUUGGAUUUGGAGCAAGGAUCUUGGCUUUGUUGGAUGACCUGCCUUUGUUCGAGAAUUUGCUGCGAUUCCGAAGUGAACAUACUCGGCCAUGGAUCUUUGGGGAAAUGGUGACGAAAGAAGUCUCAGAAACACUUCUUGCCUCACACAAUCAUUGGAUGCCACAUGGUGCAAAUACUAAGAACCAAAAGAGCAGAUUACGAGCGUGGUCAAAACAUAUCUUUAAUAAUAGUGCGAGUACUUUGAGCAGUCAUCGAAACAUGACAGUAUCCGAAUAUUUCUCUGUUGCAAGCACGAGAUGGGAAAGCAUCGGAUUGAUGUUUGCAUGGAUCGGUAUUACGACGAUGAUGAUUCCGGAUGGCCAUGAGUGUUUACGACUAGAAAAUGGGGCAACCGUUGAUAAGCACGAGCUCAGGACGCUUGCUAUUGAGGUUUCGGAAACUUGCCUGGGCUUCUGUGACAAACUUGCUACUAUGAGUGACCCCGUUUCAUGGCUCUUGCUCCAACACACUGUGUUGCUUUUGGAUACAUUCGGUGACAGCGACUACAGACCAUGGCGCAAACUGGGGGAACUAUCUACUGUGAUCUUCGCUUUGGGUUUACAUCGACCCAAACCAAACGAUUCUAGCGCACCAUUGUUUUUGCUAGAAAUCCGAAGACGCGUGAUGACCGGUGCUUUUCUGUUGGACAAGCAGCUCGCCACACUGCUUGGUCGACCACCACGAAUUGCUUGGCAAUAUUGUGAUGCCCAGAUGCCUUUGGACCUGCCUUAUGAAGACAUUUUUGUGGCGUCUGAUGGAAAGGACGAAGACAAUAUGAUGAAAAGGAUUGGUCCCGAUGGCUGGAAUGUUGACGGACAGUUUAAUUCCGGUUCUCAGGCGAGACUAUACCUGAUCUUUGCUAUAAUGCGAGAGAAAAUUCUAGCUCUAGUGCUGUCUCCCCAUCUAGAUGACAUGGCUCGGAGGAUAUCAGAAACUUGCGCCGAACACGACCGACUCCGGUCAACCAUGCCAGAGGCACUUAAAUGGACACCUAGCGGUGGAUGUCAAAUGACAGACCCAGAAGAGGAAUUUCUGGCACAUUUUCACCUGGAAUUUCUCAAUAACGACUUUAUGCUCCAUCGAGUCCUCGUUAAGGAAACAGGCGAUGGCAAAGACAAGCUUUUGAAGGUAGCGCGAGAGAUGUUAACUGCAUUGCUGGCGCUUGUCUCGCGAACAAUGUUGCGUUCUCGUUAUGAGUCGAUAUGGAUUCUCUGCUUUAUAGGUCUUCCUUGUGCGGGCGUCCUUGCUCAAGAGCUUCUCCGGCGAUUGCAGUCGCGGUCUUCCUCUUCCUCGGCUUUCGACCUCGCCCCCUUUCCUCGUUCAGAGGUCAUUCAGAAUCUAAGCGUAUUCGCCUCGCAUCUAAAUGCUUUGUUGAAUGACCGCGAUGGGAACCACGAUAUUGCAUUGAAGGGCCUCCAUGCGAUUCGCAAUGUUCUUGAUCAUGUGCUUUCCGGAGACCAUGAUUUCUCUAGGCCUAAUAAUAAUAGCAACAACGAUGCCCAUAAAGCUGCUGGUGAUAACCAGGACGGACCUGCGGCUUCGACUUCUUUAAGUCUGGAAAAUGAGCGUUUACUUGCGACGACAGGUAUACCUGACGAUAUGGCUUUUACCGCGUCUGUCGGAUGGGCGCCGCCUUCCGAUAUUCCGGGGUGGUUCAUGGAUGAUACUAAUGGGAUGGAGUUUAUGACGUGGUUGGAUAAGCUGGACUGGGGACAAGAUACGCUGUUGAGUUACAGUUAG